GCCGUUCGGUCGCGAAGACGGUCCGUGGCCGCCGGGCGAGGCCGUGCCUCCCCCUUCCCGGCCGCCGUAGUUGAAUUAAAAAAAAAACAAAAACAAAAAACGGUUACCCAGCAACGAGAAAUAACAACUGGAACCAUCUGCACCAGCUCUGAGAGAACGAAGAGGUACAACAGGCAGUUCCUUCCAAGGAGAUGUCGAUUCCAUUCUCCAACACCCACUACCGAAUUCCACAAGGAUUUGGGAAUCUUCUUGAAGGGCUGACACGCGAGAUUCUGAGGGAGCAACCAGAAAAUAUACCAGCUUUUGCAGCAGCAUAUUUUGAAAAUCUUCUAGAGAAACGAGAGAAAACCAACUUUGACCCAGCAGAAUGGGGGACUAAGGUAGAUGACCGCUUCUAUAACAACCAUGCAUUCAAGGAUCAUGAAUCACCUGAGAAUUGUGAGUCUGAAAAAGAAAAGUCUCACACACCUGUGAAAGAGGAUGAGACACCAGUCACAGCCUUAGUAAGUUAUGUUUUCCAUAUACUAUUAGAUUCCUACAAGAAUCAUAUCACUCAAUUUAAAAUU